AUGUCGAAAGACUCGGAUCUCAGCGACGAAGCGGCCGCGCUUAUCAAAAGCGACCUCAACCUCUACGAACUCCUCGGACUCGACACCAACUGCGACGAGAAAGCCAUCAAGUCCGCCUGGCGCAAAACCUCGCUGAAAUACCACCCGGACAAGAACCGCGAUAACCCGGAGGUGGUUGAGAAGUUCUACGUCGCCAAGAACGCCGCUGAGCUCUUACAAAACCCCGAAGCACGCGCAAAGUAUGAUGCACACCGCGAGGCGAAGGCGCGUAGUGAGGCGCAGCGGGAGAAGCUGGAGGGGAAGAGGCGGAAGAUGAUGGAGGAGCUGGAGCGCGCCGAGAGGGGUGCCAAAAGGAAGAGGGAAGAUGAGGCUGGUGAGCAGGACAGGCUGCAGAGUGAGCUGAAGAGGCUAGCGCGCGAUGGGGAGAGGAGGCGGAGAGAAAGGGAGGAGGCCAGGGCCAAGGAGAGGGAAGAGGAGGCUAGGAGAGAGGAAGAACUGAGGCGCGAGAAGGAGAGGGAAAAGAGGAGACAGUCAGUUGGUGUGCAUUUCCAGCCGGGCGCUUCGGCGUCGGCUGCGGCGCCAGAGAAUGGCGGGACACCGGUGAAGAAAAGGGUGUUUGACGGAACGACGAAGAGUGCGCCUAGCACGCCUGCAGGAAAGAAGCCAGCAUUUUCCUUCAGCCCGAAGCCCGGGACUGGUGGAGGAAACAAGUUCGAGCAGGAUACGUUGGCGCGGUUGAAGGCGAAGCAGGAAGAGAAACGGAGGUUGGCGGAGCAGAUUAGGGCACAGGAGGCGGCAGAGACACAAACAUAA